AUGCAACUAUCUAGCAGAGUUACUAAAUUUAAUGAAAAGUGCAAUUUGAGAAAGGACAAAAUUUUCGCUAUUGAUUGUCGACAAGAGAAAUUCAAACAUUUUAUAGCAAUCAAAAUUGAAGAUGAAAUAUACGAUGGUAACAUGAGAAUCGUCUUAAAGUCAAAAAUUAGGAAAGAUGCAGAACAAAACUCAAAUUUUGUUGAAAAAAAAAGUCAAAAUGAAUAUCUGAAAUUAUUUGACAGUAAUUUAGUUAAACAUAAAAAUCUGGUGGAACAAAAGUUUAAAGCGGAACAAACACUUAAAGCAAUUGUACUAAAAUUUGAUAGUAAUGUUGGUUCACGUGUAGCUGAAAUUGAGUCGAUUGAAGGUGACAUAAAUGAUAAUACACAAAAUUUUGUAAAGUGGAAACUGUUAAUUGCUCAGCAGGAAGCAAAUUAUGUUUCACUAAUGAAAGAAAAAGAGGAAGAAGAGCUUAAGUAUCGAAAUCAAAAAUUGGAAGAACUAAGAAUCAACCAUGCUGCCAAGGUUAUCCAAAUAAGCUGGAAAAAGUACAAGGUUAAAAAACGAAAAGCGAAGAAACAAAACAAAAGCAAGCAUGCAAAGAAUAAUGCUCCAAAACGAACGAGAUAAAUUUGUUUCACAUUUCAUUUUGUUUCUUCAAUAAAAAAGCUUGAAAAGCACUUCUUUCUUAAUUGUUUUGUUGUAUCUUCACAAAUUAUUUAAC